AUGAACAGCGCCAGCGGCGUGAAAAUGCGCGAAGAUACACGGAGAGGCUCUGACAUUACCCACAGCACAGAUGGCCAUUGCACGCGCUACGAAAUUAUCCUAUCCUAUCUUGCCUUAUCUCUUACUUUUAUCAAAUACGUUCUUGCCUCUUCAACUCACUCACAACAGAAACUUGAGCUAUUCCGCAUUGUACGAAUUGCUUACGAACUGAGAAUUAGACCUGCUAUUUUAACAAUGACAACAAGUUUUAAAGAGCAAGGAAAGGAUGAAGGGGUGGUAUAG